AAGUGAUCACCUAAAUCUGCUUAUAGAAUUUCAAGCAUGUGCUUACGUGUAGUCCUUUCCCUAAAGGACAGGAUUCUGAUCUUUCUGGAUUUUUCUUGAGUUCAGGUGUGGCAGACAGAGAGACAUUAACUCUUUUUACCUAAGGAGGGUUUCUUAUAGCUUAACCGAAGGAGUUUUCUGCUUAGCUAGAGAAUUUGGAAGACUGUUUUUCAUUUCUUGGCCAGGUUGUGCUAUUUACAAAAAUGAGGCCAUGUAAUUAGGGCCCCAGUGGCGUGUGGAUUCAUUCACUGGCACAUAAGAGAGACUGCAGUGUUUUCCUGGGUUAGUGGCUGACUGUGCCCUCUCUGUUUGCUUUAAUGGUAAAUAUGUCACUGCUGAGAAGGAUGGCAACCAAGUCCUCACAGGCAGAUUUUUAGAACAAAGUGUUAGUGAGUGAAGAAAGGUCUGUGGAAUCCGGGCAAGGUUUUUCACUGAGUUCUAAGGAACAGUUCCUUAAAAAAAAGCAAGCAGCUUCCCAGUCUGUAUGUUGGAUUUGGAUCCAGCACAAGUAAAACCCCAGGUAGAGCAAAGCCCAUUUAGUGUAUGCUGGGAACCACAGUGCCCUUCCUUCAUGGUGCACUCACAAAAAUGAGAAGGGGACUGUGCCUCACUGCUUGGCUCCGACUGCUGUGCCCCAGAAGAAAGAGCCAUGAGCAGUGGCCAUCCCAUCCAUUCACUGUAGCCCAGUAUUGUUGGCAGCGAAGCGAAGAUGCUCGCGGGUGGUUAGCGCUGGGCCUCAGAUUCCUUGUUGAAGGCCCAAUGGGGAACCCAUGGUUAGAGGAAAGAAGUCCAGCCGAAGCGGAGCUACUUAAGCAGAGACUUGCUUUUUAGGAGGCUUCGCUUCAUUGACUCAGUUCAAGUUUUAUCUUAAAGGUUGUUCUUCAGAAAAAAAAAUGGUUAUUUCUUUGAACUCAUUCCUGAGCUUUAUUUGUUUAUUGUUAUGCCACUGGAUUGGGACAUCAUCACCUCUGAAUCUGGAAGACCCUAAUGUGUGUAGCCACUGGGAAAGCUAUUCAGUGACUGUGCAAGAGUCAUACCCACAUCCGUUUGAUCAAAUUUACUAUACGAGCUGCACUGACAUUCUAAACUGGUUUAAAUGCACACGGCACAGAAUAAGUUAUCGGACAGCCUAUCGACAUGGGGAGAAGACUAUGUAUAGGCGCAAGUCUCAGUGUUGCCCUGGAUUUUAUGAAAGUGGGGAAAUGUGUGUCCCCCACUGUGCUGAUAAAUGUGUCCAUGGUCGCUGCAUUGCUCCAAACACCUGUCAGUGUGAGCCUGGCUGGGGAGGGACCAACUGCUCCAGUGCCUGCGAUGGUGAUCACUGGGGUCCCCACUGCACUAGCCGGUGCCAGUGCAAAAAUGGGGCUCUGUGCAACCCCAUCACCGGGGCUUGCCACUGCGCUGCAGGCUUCCGGGGCUGGCGCUGUGAGAACCGUUGUAAGCAGGGCACCUACGGUAACGACUGUCACCAGAGAUGCCAGUGCCAGAAUGGAGCCACCUGCGACCAUGUCACGGGGGAAUGCCGCUGCCCACCAGGAUAUACUGGAGCCUUCUGUGAGGAUCUUUGUCCUCCUGGUAAACAUGGUCCACAGUGCGAGCAGAGAUGCCCUUGCCAAAAUGGAGGAGUGUGUCAUCAUGUCACCGGAGAAUGCUCUUGCCCGUCUGGCUGGAUGGGCACAGUGUGUGGUCAGCCUUGCCCUGAGGGUCGCUUUGGAAAGAACUGUUCCCAAGAAUGCCAGUGCCAUAAUGGAGGGACGUGUGAUGCUGCCACAGGCCAAUGUCAUUGCAGUCCAGGAUACACAGGGGAACGGUGCCAGGAUGAGUGUCCUGUUGGGACCUAUGGUGUUCGCUGUGCUGAGGCCUGCCGGUGUGUCAAUGGAGGGAAGUGUUACCAUGUGAGCGGUGCAUGCCUCUGCGAAGCAGGCUUUGCGGGCGAGCGCUGUGAAGCACGCCUGUGUCCCGAGGGGCUCUACGGCAUCAAAUGUGACAAACGGUGCCCCUGCCACCUGGACAACACUCAUAGCUGUCACCCCAUGUCUGGAGAGUGUGCCUGCAAGCCGGGCUGGUCAGGACUCUACUGUAAUGAGACAUGCUCUCCUGGAUUCUACGGGGAAGCUUGCCAGCAGAUCUGCAGCUGCCAAAAUGGGGCAGACUGUGACAGUGUGACUGGAAAGUGUACCUGUGCCCCAGGAUUCAAAGGAAUUGACUGCUCCACCCCAUGCCCUCUGGGAACCUACGGGAUAAACUGUUCCUCUCGCUGUGGCUGUAAAAAUGAUGCAGUCUGCUCUCCUGUGGAUGGGUCUUGUACUUGCAGGGCAGGAUGGCACGGGGUGGACUGCUCCAUCAGAUGUCCCAGUGGCACAUGGGGCUUUGGCUGUAACUUAACAUGCCAGUGCCUCAACGGGGGAGCCUGCAACACCCUGGAUGGGACCUGCACGUGUGCACCUGGAUGGCGUGGGAAGAAAUGUGAACUUCACUGCCAGGAUGGCACGUACGGGCUGAACUGUGCUGAGCGCUGCGACUGCAGCCACGCCGAUGGCUGCCACCCUACCACAGGCCAUUGCCGCUGCCUCCCCGGAUGGUCAGGUGUCCACUGUGAUAGCGUGUGUGCUGAGGGACGCUGGGGCCCCAACUGCUCCCUGCCCUGCUACUGUAAAAAUGGGGCUUCAUGCUCCCCUGACGAUGGCAUCUGCGAGUGUGCACCAGGCUUCCGAGGCACCACUUGUCAGAGGAUCUGCUCCCCCGGUUUUUAUGGGCAUCGCUGCAGCCAGACAUGCCCACAGUGUGUUCACAGCAGCGGGCCCUGCCACCACAUCUCCGGCCUGUGUGACUGCUUGCCUGGCUUCACAGGCGCCCUCUGCAAUGAAGUGUGUCCCAGUGGCAGAUUUGGGAAAAACUGUGCAGGAAUUUGUACCUGCACCAACAAUGGAACCUGUAACCCCAUUGACAGAUCGUGUCAGUGUUACCCGGGUUGGAUCGGCAGUGACUGCUCUCAACCAUGUCCACCUGCCCACUGGGGCCCAAACUGCAUCCACACGUGCAAUUGCCACAAUGGAGCUUUCUGCAGUGCCUAUGAUGGGGAAUGUAAAUGUACUCCUGGCUGGACGGGGCUCUACUGCACUCAGAGAUGUCCUCUGGGGUUUUAUGGAAAAGACUGUGCGCUGAUAUGUCAAUGUCAAAACGGAGCUGACUGCGACCACAUCUCUGGGCAGUGUACUUGCCGCACUGGGUUCAUGGGACGGCACUGUGAGCAGAAGUGCCCUGCAGGAACAUAUGGCUACGGCUGUCGCCAGUUAUGUGACUGUCUGAACAACUCCACCUGCGACCAUAUCACCGGGACCUGUUACUGCAGCCCUGGAUGGAAGGGAGCAAGAUGUGAUCAAGCUGGCGUUAUCAUUGUUGGAAAUCUGAACAGCUUAAGCCGAACCAGUACUGCUCUCCCUGCUGACUCCUACCAGAUCGGGGCAAUUGCAGGCAUCAUCAUUCUUGUCCUAGUUGUUCUCUUCCUACUGGCAUUGUUCAUUAUUUAUAGACACAAGCAGAAGGGAAAGGACUCAAGCAUGCCAGCAGUUACCUACACCCCUGCUAUGAGGGUCAUCAAUGCAGAUUAUACCAUUUCAGGAACCCUUCCUCACAGCAAUGGUGGAAAUGCUAAUAGCCAUUACUUCACCAAUCCCAGUUACCACACACUCACCCAGUGUGCCACAUCCCCUCACGUCAACAACAGGGACAGGAUGACCAUCACGAAGUCAAAAAAUAAUCAACUGUUUGUGAAUCUCAAAAAUGUGAACCCUGGGAAGAGAGGCCCCGUGGGAGACUGCACUGGGACAUUGCCGGCAGACUGGAAGCAUGGCGGCUACCUCAACGAGCUCGGUGCUUUUGGACUUGACAGAAGCUAUAUGGGAAAAUCUUUAAAAGACCUGGGAAAGAAUUCUGAAUAUAAUUCAAGUAACUGCUCCCUAAGCAGUUCUGAAAACCCAUAUGCCACCAUUAAAGAUCCACCUGUACUUAUUCCUAAAAACUCAGAGUGUGGUUAUGUGGAGAUGAAAUCACCAGCACGAAGAGAUUCCCCAUAUGCAGAAAUCAAUAACUCAACUUCAGCCAACAAGAAUGUCUAUGAAGUUGAACCUACAGUGAGUGUCGUUCAAGGAGCAUUCAGCAAUAAUGGGCAUCUCACCCAGGAUCCAUACGACCUCCCAAAGAACAGUCACAUCCCUUGUCAUUAUGACCUGCUGCCAGUUCGAGACAGUUCAUCCUCCCCCAAGCGAGAGGACAGUGGUGGCAGCAGCAGCAGCAGCAGCAGCAGCAGCAGCAGCAGCAGCAGCAGUGAAUGACACCAAAGGACCACUUGGUAGCCACUGGAACCCUUUCCAGAACUGCAGUUUCUUCUCCAUCCUCAAUUUUGCCACUUUCGUGUGAAUGUUAAUCAACUCAGUCGGCAACUGUUGGACAUGAACCAGAAAGCUCAAAGCUGAGGCUGACACUGACUAUAGGUGCUUUUUGUUCAAGUGGCUUUGAAGGAGUUAGAGAUGUGAUUUGCCAUUGCUGUUAGUUUUAGAACUAUACCCAUGAAGCAUGACUUAUUGUAAGAUGUUGGCUGAAAUCAUGAACUUGCAGAACUCCCUUGGAGACACAGAUUGCAGUGGACAUUGAUGUCGUUGCUUGAAAAAUUAAAAUUUGAAUAUUUUCUUUCUCAUUUGCAUCAUAGAGCUGUACCUGAGAUUGUACAGUUUACCAUAAAACUUACUUCAGGAAAGUGGGUAUUACUGAACAUGUAGAAGAAAAGGAACAUGUUGUCAGGUCCUUAUUCUUAACUUUAUUCAGCUGGACUCAGAAUUGCAGGGAUAAUAUGAAUGCAAGAGGAAACGUUCUGUCAGGUGGCGUAACUGUAUAGACUUUGAAUAUACUCUAAAAGCGGACAGAAAACUUAAACAUGAAAAUCUUAGAUUUUGUUUAGAAUGAGAAAAUAUAUAAUUAGAAUUAUUGUAGAAAUAGUAGUGAAUAUUGCAGAAGUCAAUACACAAAUGUUACAGGCAGAAGUGGUUUUUCUCUCUAUUUGACCCUCAACGACUUCAGAUCUAUGACAUUAUUCUGAUCACUGGCUGCAUCAUACAUAUUCACCACUUGUGAUUCAUAACAUAUCAGUAAUUAUUUCAUAAAUAAAGAAAUGAAAUAAUUUUAUUUUUGACAGACUGGAUGGAAUGAGUGUAUAAUGAUUGAUAAAGGGUUUGUAAAUUUUAAGUGCAAGACGAUGCUUAAGUUUUGUAAACCAUUAAUAAUACAUGCUGUAAUAUAGAAUUAGCAGAACAUUUUGAUUAAUUUUUCCCUAGAAGUGACCGAAAUAUUUUUGUGCAUAUUUGAGAAAGGGCACUUUCCAUUUAUUAAUUGUCAAUUUAGAGAAACUAUGCUUAAGCUGGUCUUUUGCAUUGCUAAUGUGACAUGUACCCCACUUUUCAUUAAUUUGUAUUUUCAUUUUUAAGUUGCAUAUUCUAUGUUUUGUAGCGUUUGGAUUGUUAAUGAAAAAAUAUUAUAUGUUCAUUGUUCCUUGUAUUAUUGCCGCUCAUCUUUUGAUCGAUAAAAAUGCAUUAUUCUUUUUUCUUUUGGAGGGACAAGAUGAAAAUAUAUAAUUUGAAUUUAAAAUUGGUCAUUACUAAAAUAGUAGUAAUCAUAGGUGAUUGGCUCAUGAUUGAAAAAGAAAUGCUUUUAAAUAUUCCAAAAUGGAGUUCCUUUUGAUCUGUUCGUUCUGAGUCUUGCUUAAACCAGGGAGAAGGGGAGCAAAAAGGAAACGUUGUUACUGCAUGAGUAUUGCAGACUCAUCUUACAAAAAGACUCUCAUUAUGGUGAUCAUAGAACUGACCGUCCAAACUGGGACACUCUUGAGAGUAAAUGGAGGGCAUUAUUACUAAUUAUCCUGUAAUGAGCUGAAAUCUGGAUGGUUCCAAGCAAACCAGACUUAUAAAUAUCAGAAUGCUGAGACAAUGCAAGAAAGCCAGUUUCCCUUUUGUUGAUCUACUUGACGAAGCAACAGCGCUGAAAAGCUGAAUAAGGAAGCAACUUUAUCAGUGUACUAGUGGUCUUCAAUGUUUUAAAGACAUGAAAUCCUAUAUGGCAUUCUGUCUCAGUGAGCCAAUUAACAAAGAUGUAUGUGUAUCCCUUCUGUAUUGUGCAUAAGUCAUUGUUCCUGCCAGUUAUCGAGUUGGAAUAUCCAGUUAUUUCAUGUCACACGUUGGCACGUGUGAUGGUGGUUUGAUUAGAUGGAUAAUACAGCAGACACACUUAGAACACUUACUCCAUUGUUGGCUGCUCCUUUUGAGGAACUCCAAAGUCAACUCAAGGAAAUAAGGAAUGACCUGGAACACGACUUAGAAACAAUAGUUUUCUCCCAAUAGUUAACCACUGGCUGGCUCUUGACUAGGUGAUAGGCAUCUGAUUGAGACACAUGCGAGUCAGUAGCCAUCCAGGGUCCUUUUUGGUAAGAAAAAAUAAGACAUUUUCCCCUUUUCUUUGAAAGAUCAUCUCUUCAGAGCACCAUGGUCAAUUUGAAUUUCCCCAUUAUAGAUUAAAAACAACAACAACAAAAAAGACCUGUUUCUUUUCUCAUUCCACUAUUAAUAAAAUGAAAGCUUCCAUACAAGACAACAGCAACUUAAUAGGAAACCUGGACAACGGAUGUGGACUCCAAAGGGCUACCGCCGUCCCUUCCUGUGUGCUCUUUUUGACAAGUAAAUCACUCCAGUUAGCUGAUGUCCUGAAAGGACAUUUGUACCUGAGGCAAUUCUUAUUAGAGCUUACUUGGGACUUUUUAAACAUCAGAACACACAUAGCAAUUUGUAUGGUGUCAAACUACAUGUUGUAUUUGGAGAGGUCUGGCUGAGAAGGCAAAAUUUUCCAGAUAUUUUGAUAUCAAUUUCGGUAAAGAAAAGAAUACUUUUGUUAGAAUGAGAUUUAAAGAGAAAACAAGAACCUUGGCAAAAUUUUACCUCUGAAAUUACAAACUUUAGGAACUUUUCCAGAUAUAUUAAAUUUAAUUUGACAGUGAUGCUACUUUUUAUACAAGUGAAUCUAUUCUCAUAACCUUUGAACCCAUGUUAAUUUUGUACCCUCUAACUAACUUUCUUUCUAUAUCCUGUGGUGAAGGAAUUUAGAGAUACCUAGCAAAAGCCAUCCAUAUAAUAUUGUUAGCCAAACUAUUAUUCUUUCCUUAGAACUUGAUGUAUCAGAAAAUUUAUAAAUUAUUUGUAUUUAUAUAUAAGUACAUCAGAACUUGCCCAAAUGGUAACUCAUGUUUGCUUUAAUAAGGAGAAUAUGUUAUUUGUAGUUAAUUAUUAUAACAAGGAACAUUUUAUAAUUAUUUACAGUGACAUUAAUUGCUGUCCUAUGAUAUAGUAGUAAUGUUAACAGAGAGUUUAAUAUGUUUAGUAUUAUCUUUAUGGAAUUUAUAUUCACCAAUUUCAGGAAAACCAACCAUGGAAUUUUGUAACAGGACAAUUAUAACCUGACUCAACCAAAUCCAUCAGCGUAAUAACUGUGUGUUGCGAGAAAUGCAAACAACUUUAUGAAGGUGUGGUCAUCUUUAUCCCCAAAGAGCCACAGUAACUGCCAAUUAUUGAGAUUUUUAAGUGGUAAUAUUGCAAAAGUUAAACAAGGGUAUCACAAUAUCAUUUAUAAUUCAUGUCAAUAUUAGUAGUCCACUUUAUGCUUAAAAUAAACGAAGUCAUAAAAAAUUAA